AUGAUGGAUCAUCGUGCUUCAAUCAGUGACUUUAUUUCACAAUUAACUAAUUUUGUAUCUCAGCAUGUGCCAGUAGUGGGGAGUCAUUUUUUCCCGUGUUAUAAGUGCUCGAUUCAACCUGAGAAUUUUGAAGAAAUGAAGAUUUGGUACCAUCAGCAACCCAUCAACACAUUUAGUUGUACACAAUUUGAUGUUUCUGCAUUAUAUCAUGCUUUGUUGCAUGAAAACAGAGAAACCAGAAUAGAAUGCCUCGUACGAAUGAGUGAGACAUUUCUGGGAGAAUUGAUGCAGCAGUGCAAUGCAGCUAAUAGUGUCCAAAGUCGAGACAUGCUGCAGAUAGCUUUAAAUAUCUUGAAGGACAGAAUACACUACCACAAUGCAAUGGUUAUGUUAAGUAGGGAUUCUUUUUGCUGUAUUGGUGAAAACCCACCUGUUGAUGGUCAGGGAGAGUGCUGGACAUCUGGCUGUGGUCGUACACUUUUGCUGUUGGAACGUUUUGAGGCCCUUCUGUUGAGAAGUCAGGAGAACCCCCCUCCGUAUGAGGAGAGGUCUCGCUUGCAUCUGUAG